AUGUUCAUCUAUGCAGUUUCGGAAGCGUUGAAGAAUUUCUUCCAGGUUGACGCUUCUCAAAGAAUGAGCAAUCGAGCAGUAGCUGUCCUACGAGGUGAUGCGGGAGUAACCGGAACGGUUUGGUUCAGUCAGGACAAAGAAUCGGACCCAUGUGUUAUCAAGGGCGAGAUCAAAGGCCUAACUCCUGGCCUCCAUGGUUUCCACGUUCACCAGUACGGAGACUCAACGAAUGGAUGCAUAUCGGCUGGACCUCACUUCAACCCAUUCAACAAGACACAUGGUGGACCGAAGGACGAGGUCCGCCAUGUCGGUGAUCUUGGCAACGUUGAAGCUGGUUCGGACGGUGUCGCCCGUUUCGAGAUCAAGGAUAACAUGGUGAAGAUCCACGGCGAGCACACAGUUGUUGGACGUUCGCUCGUAGUUCACGCUGGUACAGAUGACCUUGGCAAAGGAGUAGGUGAGAAGCAGGAGGAAUCUUUGAAGACUGGAAACGCAGGAGCUCGAUCUGCGUGUGGAGUUAUCGCAAUUGCCGCUCCACAGUGA